CGUUCGGGCUGCGGGUGCCCGAGCCCUGGGCGCUCUUUGUGGGUGUGGGCUUCCGCGGCGCACCUGGGAGAACGCUGGGCGGUUACUUUGCGGGCUCGCGGCGUCGGUGCGGUUAGACAAGGCAGCUAGUCCCUUCCGGGACCGGGAGGGCGGCCGGGUCCUCGUGCCCGUCGGAUCCCCGGAGCCGGCUCGGGCCGCGGCGGGCAGAGAGCGGCCCGCGCCGGGCGCCGAUGGCCGCGCGCCCCCUGGGAAGCGCUGUUGCCGCCGUGUCUCUCUCGGUGGCCCUGGCCUCCGCCACCGUCGGGUCCUCGGUGUGCCGCCCCAGCCCGCCGUGCAGAAACCCAUUUUUGUCCUGUUGUUUUCAUCUUAACACCAACAUCAUGUCUGGUUCUAAUGAUGCCAAAGAGAAUUCUCACAACAAGGCUCGGACAUCUCCCUACCCAGGAUCUAAAGUUGAACGGAGCCAGGUUCCUAAUGAGAAAGUGGGCUGGGUUGUUGAGUGGCAAGACUACAACCCUGUGGAAUAUACUGCAGUCUCUGUCUUGGCUGGACCUAGGUGGGCAGAUCCUCAAAUCAGUGAAAGUAGCUUUUCUCCCAAGUUUAACGAAAAAGAUGGGCAUGUUGAAAGAAAGAGCCAGAAUGGCCUGUAUGAGAUUGAAAAUGGAAGACCUAGAAAUCCUGCAGGGCGCACAGGAUUGGUUGGCCGGGGGCUUUUGGGGAGAUGGGGUCCAAAUCAUGCUGCAGAUCCCAUUAUAACCAGGUGGAAAAGAGAUAGCAGUGGAAAUAAAAUCUCCCACCCUGUUUCUGGGAAGAACAUCUUACAGUUUGUUGCCAUAAAAAGGAAAGACUGUGGAGAAUGGGCAAUCCCAGGAGGAAUGGUAGAUCCAGGAGAGAAGAUAAGUGCCACAUUGAAAAGAGAAUUUGGUGAGGAAGCUCUCAAUUCCUUACAGAAAUCCAGUGCUGAAAAGAGGGAAAUAGAAGAACAAUUGCACAAACUCUUCAACCAAGAACAAUUAGUGAUAUAUAAGGGAUAUGUUGAUGAUCCUCGAAACACUGAUAAUGCAUGGAUGGAAACAGAAGCUGUAAACUACCAUGAUGAGACAGGUGAGAUAAUGGAUAAUCUUAAUCUAGAAGCUGGAGAUGAUGCUGGAAAAGUGAAAUGGGUGGAUAUCAGUGAUAAACUCAAGCUUUAUGCCAGCCACUCUCACUUCAUCAAACUUGUGGCAGAGAAACGAGAUGCACACUGGAGUGAAGACUCUGAAACUGACUAACAUGGACUAUUGCUGGUCUCAGUGUAAGCCAAAGGCCACCCAAGACCUGUGCUGAGAAGAAGGCAGUACACAGAAACCAUACUAUAAAAAGGUCAUUUGGAAAUUAUUUUAUUCUCUUUCAGAAUGUUUGUAUAUAGAAGAUUUUGCAUCAGAAUAAAAUGAGCAAGUAUGUUGAAAUUGAACAUGGAAUUGUAAACUUUCUUGUAAAAAAGUUUAAAAAUUGUCAUAUUUUACAAGUAUUCUAAAUUUAAGCAUGGCUUAUAUUAAAUUUAAAUAACCUUUUUUUUUUUGAAGAAUUGUAUUGAGAAUAAAAAUAUAGACAUGUA